AUGGCGAACUUAGGAGAGUCUGGAGUAUCAUUGCCGGAGUUAUCAACCGACCAUAAGUCGUAUAGGGGAAUAGUUCUUUGUCGGUAUUGUGCCCCGUUACGCAACGUUAAGACGUUACUUGAAAGUCAGCCACCGCGAAAUGGGAUCGGCCAUUACUGGACCUACGCCGCAAUAAAAGAAUCAGCCGAUGGUGGGUGCAGACUUUGCCAAGUGAUCUUAGAUCCAAAUAAUCAUCGUUACUCCCCUCCGGCGGAUAUCGAGACCUGGGAAGAGAUGGAGUAUAAAAUAGGGUUUUAUCGUGACGAAUUUGGUGGCGGUUCCAACAUGCUUAUGGUCACUUGGUACAGAACAGAAGAACGCUGUGCUGGGAUAGCGCCCUGCCCGUCUCUUAUCUUCUAUUUGAGACUGUUCACAGCUGCUGACGACCCUCUAGCGGAAGUUUACCUAAGCAGACCCUUACAUAGAGCAACAUCUUCUGACUCAUGCUUCGGUAUGGUCGAAACCUGGAUUGACAGGUGCCGAAAUGAACAUGAAAGCUGCGUAUGGCCUGACUCUGGGCCUCUGCCUACUCGAGUUAUUGAUGUUGGUCUCACUAAUGACGCGACGCCAUAUCUGUUAAUCUCAAAUGGCAACAUUGGGCAUUGGGCUACUCUGAGUUAUUCUUGGGGUAGCCAAUUGCCGUUCAAGACAACUCUGGAUAAUCUUGAAGAACGAAAAACCGGGUUUCCACCUGACCAACUAUCUCCCUUGUUUGGGGAUGUCAUCAAGCUUGUCCGCAGACUUAAGAUCCGGUAUUUGUGGAUUGACGCACUUUGCAUCGUUCAAGAUAGCACCGAUGACUGGAGCCGGGAAUCCUCGAAGAUGCACCAGAUUUAUGCAGAAGCUUGCAUUAACAUAACUGCGGCAUGCUCUACUGGAUCCAGUGAUGGCCUUUUCGCUACCGAUCUGAUUUCUGGAUCCGCCCGCGAGUUUUACCGAACUGUGUCAAGCUAUUAUGCACCACGUCCGAACUUAGGGGCCGAUCAAGGACUUCAGAAUAGUAUCAGCCAGCCCAUGAGAUACUGGUACGAUGGAAUAAAUCGAUUCCGAGGACGCCACAUUACAUAUGGGCAAGAUCGUCUCCCUGCUAUCGCGGGAGUUGCCAAGCGCGUUCAACAGCGUACUCGCUACACCUACAAAGCCGGACUGUGGUUGGAAGACAUCCAUAGGGGAUUGCUAUGGAAGACUACCACAUCUAGUCAGCGCUGUCCCACCACUCGUGCACCAAGCUGGAGCUGGGCGUCCAUGACGGGCUGCCUGACUUCUGAACUCUUUGACCCACCUCUCUGGGUCUAUGCCGAAGGCUACCAAGCCACAAUAGACGAUAUCAAAGUAAAAUGCAACGCCGACGAUCCGUUCUCUUUUGUAACAUCCGCAUCUUUGACCCUGACAAGCCUCUGCCAGAUUGUUCCUCGUUCAGAAUACUCCAUCAGUCUAGAAAAAAGGUUACAGUUCAAUAUUGAACUUGACGACCCGUCGGUAGCACUACAGAAUGAUCUCCUUUGCGUUCACAUCGCUAUGUUUCGCCUUUGUUGGCCUGACGAAGACGCAGCCAUACAUGCUUUGCUGCUCGAAGGAACUGGCGUAGAAAAUGAGUAUACACGUAUUGGUCUUGCUAUGAUUCCUGAAUAUGCGGAUAAUGAGGGAGAUUGGAGUACUAGGACUGUGACUAUUGUCUAG